GUUUGCUAAAUAUCAAUUUUAGUAGAGAUACUCUAUGGUAGAUUGAACUAGAUUGUUAGAUAGAGCAGUCUUGCUGUGUUUGUUUUAGGCUUACGUCAGGAUAUGAGAAAUAUUUGGAUUGUUAUUAAUGAGAUAACCUUACCAUAUCUCAUCUGUUAUCUAUCACAGAAUGUACAUCGACUAAAAUUUAUGUAACAAUUCACUAUUAUUUCAUGUAUUGUCUAGCUAGAGUCUAGCUCAGUCUUAAUUCAAACUUAGGUACACAAAAUAAACAGUUAAUGUAUAAUAAUUUUAAUAUUAAAAAAUAUAAUAACAUUAUAGAUAAUAAUGAUAGAAUCAGUGAAAGAAACAUUCUUGUAUUUCGCAUACGGUAGUAAUUUAUUAAAAAAAAGGAUUCAUAUUAAUAAUCCCUCUGCUCAAUUUUUAGGAGUUGGUCGUUUGAAUGAUCAUCAGCUUGACUUCAUUAAAUAUUCUGACAAUUGGAAAGGAACUUCAGCUACAAUAGUCCCAACAACCGGUGCUUAUAUUUGGGGUGCUAUAUGGAGAGUACAAAAUAAAGACAUGCCAGCAUUGGACAGACAGGAAGGAGUUGAUACAAAUUGGUAUUUUCCAAAAACAGUGAAUAUUACUACUUUAGAUGGCGCGAGGGUGGAAUGCCGGACAUACCAACAAACAAUAAAUCCUCCCGCGCGUAGGGAUAAUGAAGAUAUACCCUUUGAUAGAAGACCUUCUAUUACUUAUCUCGAAUGCAUUCUAAAUGGUGCUAUUGAAUGCAACCUCCCAGAUGAUUAUAUAAAUAAAUUAAGAAAAAUUCCACAUAAUGGACAAGAAGCUCCAAUAAUGGUUGCAAAAUUAAAAAACAAAGAAUAAAUGACGUUCAUGUACUUUUAAUUAUUUCUGUGAUUUAAUUAAAUUCUCAUUAUGAUUAUAAAUAUAU